CUUGGACAGGUUGGGUUUGGUUAAGGGUCAAAUCUGGCCUAAUCCAACCCAAAAAGUACCUAAAGGGAAGCUCAAUUCAACCCUACUCUGAAUUGCAUGAGCUUGAACUACAAAAUUUUCAACCCAAACACGAAUUGGAAGGGGUUGAGUCAGGUUCGGUUGAUUUAAGCUAGAUUGAAGUUAGGUUCAAUUUGGAGCUUUGUUCUGAAUAUACAGUUAAGUUUGUGUUUUGUCAGGUUGAAGCCCUUAAUGCUGGUAAUGUUCAGACAGGUUUGGGUUCAGAACUAGGCAUGUCAAACUGUUAAUUGUCCAGGUUAUUCUGGGACCCCAGGCUUGAUUUCAUUCCACGGUUAAAGCCUUGAUCCCAGCUCCACCUAGCUUAAAGCAGGCCACUUUAACCAGCAAAAUAGCUAAUCCUAACCCACUCCAAUUCAGUAUUAAAACUAACCACUUCAACUCGAACUGAUCUGACUUUACAAGUUUAAAUCCAAAUAUUAUAUGGUUGGGUUGAGUGCGGUUAGGUUGAUUUGAGCCAAGUUUGAAAAAAAAGAAUGUAUUUUGGUCAAAAAUAUGAACUAGGUCAAGCAAGGUUCGCCAUCUCUGUACCAAACCAUGUGCUAGUAUCAUCCUUGUUACUGUGUUAGUAUGCUUGGUACGGGAGAUAGUUUUGGCAUACCAACACUCGGUAUGCCUCCUAUAUUGCAAAUCGCUCGGUACCAAUAUAGUAUAUUACACGGUCAAGUACGCACCGGUACUGACUGGUACGGAAAAACAUGAGCUUGAGAUUGCAUCAAGUUGGAGCCUGGGGCCAAGCUCAAAUUAUACAUAGUUCAUUUUUUUGAACCAAAAUUUUAAGCAUAGGCCUCGCUUGAACUCAUUCGCAUUUUUUCAAAUAGUAAAGGAAAAGUUGACUCAUUUGAGUUUCAAGGUUUUUGUUCAGAGUCAGGCCCAAGGAACUGAUGUCUUAGCCUAGAAAUAAAGAAUAAAGAUGAUCAUGAAAGUAUGGAUCAUUUAUUAACUUGAUCUUCAAAUACCAUAUCUGAAUCAAGGGAAUUGAGAAAAUCAUGAAGAUAGAUGAAAAUGCUUAUGUUGACGGGGGAUAAAAAGAAAGAGUCAGUAAUGCAUAGCAGCCAAAAAUUGAUGGGAAUCACCUGAGACACCAAAUGCACAGGAAAAUUGGAAGCAAUAAAAUGUCUUCAAGAAUCUCAUCAUGCAUCCCAGGCUUUUGUACAGUAUAUGUUGUGUUGAAAGGAAAAUUGUUAUCUGUGCGUGCAUCAACGACAGUGGUAGAUGAUAUGACAAAUGAAGAAAACAUUUCAAGUACUUCUCGAAGCUUCUCAAGCCUGUCUUCCAGUGCAAGAUCAGAAUGGACAGACACAGAUAUAACAAGCUCUUCUCUUCAUCAUGCAUCUCUACCAAUUCAGCGUAACCAAGCUCUUGCAAAUAUAAAUAGCAAUUUUGUCAAUAUGGGGGCCAGCCCUUCUGAUACCCUUCAUACCAGGAGUAUAUCUUUAUUUACUGAUGAUGAUUUCAUUAGUUCCAGUUCCAUUGUGACAGAAACACAAUGUGAUAAUAGCAUGGUUUCUAGUUACAGAAGCUUCCAGACAGAUAAUCAGUUGCACAGUCCUGAUCAGGCAUCAACAUCUGAAGUUAGAACUGAUUCCUCAGUCCCUGGAAAUCAGGUUGAUGUUAGUUUUGAGCUUGAAAAGCUGAGAGUUGAACUUAGGCAUUUCCAGAAGCUUUGUGUGGUUGCUCGGAGUGAAUCAAAUGAUGCUUCUCAGCAAUUGCAUGAAUUAACUGCACGGCGGAUGGAGGAAGAGAUUAAACUUAAAGAGAUAGAAUUAAGAGAACAGAUGGUCAGGGAAUUGGCAAGACAAGAAAGGGAAAAACGUGAAACAGCAGAAAGGGAAUCUAAAUUUAUCAAGGAAUGUGCUGAGAGGGAAGUGUUGCAUAGAAAAGACUCGGAGAAUAAUGCUGCUCGUGAAGCCAAUGAGAAGCAACGGCUAGAGAAGGCCCUUGCAUGUAAUGAUGAACCAUACAAGAAGUACACAUGGGAGGAAAUAGAAUCUGCUACAUCAUCAUUCUCUGAUUGCCUUACAAUUGGGAGGGGAGCUAAUGGUAUAGUUUAUAAGGGUAGCUUCCAUCAUACAACUGCAGCAGUGAAAGUUCUCCACUCCAAUGAGGGUCAUGGAACCAUGCAAUUCAAACAAGAGCUUGAGAUUCUCAGUAAAAUUCAUCACCCGCAUUUGCUGCUGCUUCUUGGUGCCUGCACUGAGCGUGGUUGCCUGGUCUAUGAAUACAUGGAAAAUGGAAGCCUAGAUGACAGGUUGCAAUGCAAAGAUAAUACAGCCCCUCUUCCAUGGUUCCACCGGUAUAGAAUAGCUUGGGAAGUUGCCUCAGCUCUAGCUUUCCUUCACAAUUCAAAGCCAGAACCUAUCAUUCAUCGGGAUCUCAAACCAGCAAAUAUUUUGCUUGAUCGUAACUUCGUGAGCAAGAUUGGUGAUGUUGGUCUCUCGACAUUGCUUCCUGCGGUGAAUCUUCCGAUGUGUACAAUGAUUAAGGACACGACUCCCGUUGGAACAAUGUUCUACAUCGACCCUGAGUAUCAAAGGACUGGUUUGGUCUCCGCAAAAUCAGAUAUCUAUGCUUUAGGGAUGGUAAUCUUGCAGCUGCUGACAGCAAAACCACCUAUGGGGCUGACCCUCAUUGUGGAAAGAGCAUUAGAAGAAGGAAACUUGAUGGAGGUUUUGGAUCCUGGGGCUGGGCAAUGGCCUUUAGAGGAGACUCAGGAGUUGGCUCUUCUUGGUCUAGGCUGUGCUGAACUGCGGCGCAAGGACAGACCUGCUUUGAAGGAACAAGUUCUUCCUUUGCUAGAGAAAUUGAAAGUGAUUGCGGACAAGGCCCAUGUUUGCGCAUCGCAUACCCCAUCUGCCCCUCCUAACCAUUUCAUUUGUCCAAUUCUUCAGGAGGUGAUGAAUGAUCCCUGUGUUGCAUCUGAUGGGUAUACGUACGAUCGUAAAGCAAUUGAGAUAUGGCUUGGCAUGAAUGACAAGUCUCCGAUGACAAAUUUACAGUUGCCUAAUAAGAACCUUAUACCCAAUCAUUCUCUUCGGUCUGCAAUUAUGGACUGGAAGUCUAGGUCUCAAUGAUGCAAUGUGAGACCCAUCUACUCCUUUUUGUAAAAUUAAACCAAUUAUCUCAUCUUUCAUUGAAUUCCUUGUGUAUUGCAUGGUCAAUGAUUCAAGCCUACUUUAGCACAGAAAUUGUGACAUCCCAUCUUUUAUGUUGCAUUGGCGUGAUCUAUACAGCUGAAACAAAGUGUCGACAUUGGGGAUACAAUAUUACAGGUCAGAGAAAUGGAAAGGGACAGUGAUAUGAAGGUUGAGAUAUUUAGUUACAUGGAUUAUUGCAGAUAGAUUUAGCUUGUACUGUCUGGUAAGCUACUUUCGUAGUCUUAUAGAUAACUGAAAGCAUGGAAAAAUACUAUAUAUUUGGGACAGAUUUUUGUUGAUUAUAUUGAAGGUACCUUAUGGUUCUGAUAUGUACAGUUAAAA